UGACGUUCGUCGACGGCCACCUUGCUCUUGGGGCCAAUCGGAGCUGGUGCAUUGGCCGUUGGUAGGGAUGUGCAGGACGGUGGCGCGCAUGAGUCGUUUCCACCGAGCGGCGGUCCGGGAGCUCGGGAACCUCGAGCGAGCUGCGAGGCGAGGCAGUCAGUCGCUCUCAGCUACGACAUGCAUAACGCAUGAGAGAGCCCGAGCGAGAUCUUUUGCGACCCGUCGUCUCUCCUCUCGCGCGCAACACACGAUCGUGUUCUCUCUCCCUCUUAUUCGUCGCGAACCACACACUCGCGACUCGGAGAGACAACCGUGGACGAGGAAAACGCACACACGCGCACCGUACGGAGUCACCGCUGUGCACCUUUUACUUGCCUACCGUGCUGGUGAUCGUCCGCACUCGUCGUCGUGGAUCCGUUUCGCGUUCCCGGAGUACCGUCCUGUGCCCGCGCCAGCAGCGUCGUCCCUAGACGUCCCGAUCGCGAGUGUCGCGCCGUGCACCGUCUACGACACGAGCCUGUCUCUCGCCAGCAACCAACUCCACGAUUCGUCGAGUGAUAACGCGCGUCUCUGCGAUGAGUGAUCCACGGUAAAGGACUUCGCGAGUGAUAUUGUUCCGAGAUUACAACGAAGACGCGUAAGCGUCUCCUGGAGGAGACGUUCUCCCCGGGUGGACGGGACAAGGUUCCACGAGGGAGAUACAACGUUGUGUGUUCUUCGUAACGUCGCGGAUUACCAUCGUCGAUCUGACAAAACUAUGGACUACGAGUUGUUUGCACGCGCGAGGAUGCCGCUUGCUCGGGAUUUGGUGCGUCGUCGCGAACGAUGGACUGUGCGCUGCGUGUGAUCGGUGAUCGCUGACCAAGGGAACAGGUUCUUCGUUCGGGAGAACAGAGAGGAAAGUGUACAGUCUGCGUAAUCGUUCGAAGCGUUAAACGAGAACGAUCCGUGAACUUUGUUCGCGCUACUCUGGAAUCUACACCAGGAAUCCACGGAAACGAAAAAAACAAACGGCAUACGAGCGGCGGAGAACGACCGUCGACGAGGAGAGAAGAAGGUAAACCGAGAGGGUGCCCUGUCGGGGCAGCCCGAACGCUGGGCAGUAGAGAGCUAGGCAAACAGUGAGCAGGGUUGUCGAAACCUCUGAACGAGGGGAGGUAGAUGGCAGCUACCACGUACAUGCCGAUUGGUAGCGCAGUGUCUUCCGAGCUGGAUGUUGGUUCGGGAUCCGGGAUCGGGAUGAACAUCGCCGUGGGUGGCUACUCCUCGGGCUCGCCUCGCAGCGCCGCCGAUGCCGGGGAGAUGAAGUACAUGCCGGCGCCGCAGCAUCAUCACCAUCAUCACCAUCAUCACCAGGUGUCGUCGUCCCCGUCGCCUAAUGGACUCUCGCAUCCGACGGCGAGCCUUUCGUCGGCGAAUCCCUGGGUGAGCCUUCAACCUAGCAGCGAUCAUUGGGCGUCCUCGAUGGGGAUGCACCACACCAGCCAUCAUCCCCAUCAUCAUCCGCAUCAGACGAAUGCCGGGUUGGAUGUAAAACCUCUGACCGCGGCGGCGACCGCAGCCGCGGCCGCUGCUGCUGCUAAUGAACAAUCGAUGCAUCAUCGCGGUGGUCCUCAUCAAUCGCCGGGGAUGGGAUCGCCUCAUCCUUGGCACGCGCCCGUCGUCCCGUCGGCGCAUUACAACCCCAGCGGUGGCGCGGCCUCGCCCUCCACCCUGCAACAAUACCACGCCGCGAUGAACGGUAUGCUGCACCCCCAUCCGCAUCAGCAUCAUCCUCAGCUGCACAACCACCAGACGGGACUUCAUCCGAACCUGAGGGACCCAGGUUCGCCCGGCGGACAUCCGUUGCAUCCUGGCCACGCGCACGACAGGGAUCACAGCGCCGGCGAAGAGGACACUCCGACCUCGGAUGAUCUCGAGGCGUUCGCGAAACAGUUCAAGCAACGGCGCAUCAAGCUUGGAUUCACCCAGGCGGACGUCGGUCUCGCGCUCGGUACUCUCUACGGCAACGUCUUCUCGCAAACGACGAUAUGCAGGUUCGAGGCGCUCCAGCUGAGCUUCAAGAACAUGUGCAAGCUGAAGCCGCUGCUGCAGAAGUGGCUCGAGGAGGCGGACUCGACGACCGGCUCGCCGACGAGCAUCGACAAGAUCGCCGCCCAGGGCAGGAAACGAAAGAAGCGCACGUCGAUCGAGGUGUCCGUCAAAGGUGCCCUCGAGCAACACUUUCACAAACAACCGAAACCCUCCGCGCAAGAGAUCAACACGCUGGCGGGCAGCCUGCAGUUGGAAAAGGAGGUGGUCAGAGUUUGGUUCUGCAACCGACGGCAAAAAGAGAAGAGGAUGACGCCGCCGAACACGCUCGCUGAGGGUAUGAUGGAGGGUAUGCCGCCCGGACACCAGGGACAAGCCGGUCUGCAUCAGGGAUACCACACGCAGGAUCACCUUCACGGCUCGCCUAUGGGGCACAGCCAUAGUCCACCGAUGCUCAGUCCUCAGGGUCUUACGGGCCACUCGUUGGCGGCUCACUAGCGUUCGCCCGGGCCUCCCCCGUUGGGCCUCUCGAUAACCUCUCAAAACUUGGUGAAUAACCCGGCGGUAUCGUCGCCGCCGGACACGCUCCCUCCGUUCUAUCAUCAUUACCUGCAGGCGCGCACAGGCAGCUACUCGACUACUUCGUAGCCGUGACCAACGAGCUGUCCCGACGCGCCUCGCGUUCUGUCCACUUCUUGUCGGCAGCUCGACGGAGGAGCCUACCACUAUGGCGCGACGUAGGCACCACCGAACGAUACGUUCGUGAUACGCGCGCCAGGAGAUAUCGCACACAUUCAUCUCGAUGAGGUUCAACGGGGUUUACGAGGCCGGGCCCAUUAGGGAGGCCUGCUAUCCAGCCCAUUCGCCCUCGUGGUCGUCGUCAGCAACGCGCCAGGGAGUUCGUCGUGGACGCUUGUCCGUCAUCGUCGGCAGCGAUAAGAUCGGAUGUCCGUCGAUCGUUCCGGCUGUGUUUGGAUGUUGUCCGUUCUCGCGUCCGCGUCCACGUCCCCUGGUGUCUCGAAAGUGCCGUAAACGCGUGUAACGAUCUCCUCGGUUCCGUCAGUCCGUUCGUUCGUUCGUUCGUUCGUUCGUUCGUUCGUUCGUUCGCGAUAAAGGAUAGACGCUGCGAGUUUGACGUCGUUCGACGUCCUCGACGACGCUUCAACUGCCCCUCCUUCCUCGCACGUGGCUAGCGAUAAAAAAUAAGUGCGCGAUGUUCUCGUUUCUAUCUCGAGGGGGACGUUUUGUGUGCAUCGACGAACGACAGGAAAUACCGACGGACACCGACGGACGAACGCCGCGACCGGUGGCGAAUGAUGGCGGUUGUGUUCGCGCGGGAUUUGUACGAGAGGCAAACCCGCACGGAUGAUGUAACAUAAGUAAAUAUGGACUGUAAAUAAUGUACCACGUAAAAGCUAGUAAGUUAAGUGAUGAGGAGCGUGCAUCGUCGAACGUCUCGUUUUCUUCGUUGUCGUCGCCCAGGGAACGGAAAAUAAACGGGUGAUAAAGUCGGAAGGGAGAGUUCGACGCCAGGGCGCGACGAAGCUAAAUAUGUUUACAAAAAAAAAAAAAAAAGAAA